UUUUCCGAACCAGAAAAAGACUGGUGAAGUGGUCCGCCUCUUCUGAAAUGAUAGCCCAGAAGAAGAUUGGGUUGAGUGAGAGUGCGUGAGGUCGAAGGAAUGUUAUAUAAGGAGGGAACGUCGAGCUGCUCUUUCCACUCCCACCAUCUGCAGUAGAGUUUCUUAUUCUGUUCCAGCUUUCUUCUUCUCUGCAACUCCAAUAUUAGCCAUGGAGAUGUCACCAGAUGCCGAGAAGAGUGGGGUGUGUGACUCCUCUGUGGAUUACAAGGGAAGGGUUCCUCUCAGAUCCUCCACUGGAUGUUGGAAGGCGUCCCUUUUCAUUAUAGCCAUGGAGUUCGGCGAGAGGCUGAGCUACUUCGGACUGGCCACCAACCUCAUCAUCUACCUGACGAAGGUGCUGCACCAGGAGGUGAAGACGGCGGCCAAGAACGUCAACUACUGGAACGGCGUCACCACCGUGAUGCCCCUCCUCGGCGGCUUCAUCGCCGACGCAUACUUGGGGAGAUUCAUCACUGUUCUCGCCUCCUCCCUCAUCUACAUCGUGGGUCUCGUCCUCUUGACGAUGUCACAACUGGUCCCGCGGCUGAAACCGUGCGACCCCAGCAGCUGCGGCAGAUCACUGCGCCCCCACGAGGUGUUCUUCUUCUUGGCGAUGUACCUGAUCUCUGUCGGCACAGGUGGCCACAAGCCGUCGCUCGAGAGCUUCGGCGCUGACCAGUUCGACGACAACGACGCGGGGGAGCGGAAGAAGAAGAUGUCCUUCUUCAACUGGUGGAACUUCGCCGUGUGCACCGCGCUGUCGGUUGCCGUCACCGUAAUCGUUUACGUCCAGGAGACCGUCAGCUGGUGGCUGGCCAAUGUGGUGCUCGCCGCCGUCAUGUGCUUCAGCCUCAUGGUGUUCGUCGGUGGCAGGCCAUUCUACCGCUACCGAGCGCCGGAGGGAAGCCCUUUGACGCCCAUGCUACAGGUUGUGGUGGCGGCCAUGGCCAAAAGACACCUUCCUCUUCCUUCGGAUGCUGGAGAACUCUAUGAGAUCCCGAAAACGCGGCAGCCGGACAAGAGGCUCCUCUACCAUACUAGUAAGCUAAGAUUUUUCGACAAAGCUGCCAUUAUCGAGCACAAAUACGAUGAAGCUGCCUUCGCCGCCGAGAAGCUGAAUUCAUGGCGGCUGGCCACCGUGACCCAAGUGGAGGAACUCAAGCUAAUUCUAUCCAUGGUGCCCAUAUGGCUCACUGCACUGCCGUUCAGCAUCUGCGUCGUACAAGCUAAUACCUUCUUCAUCAAGCAAGGGAGCAUCAUGAACAGAGAGGUCGUGAACGGGUUCAAGAUUCCCGCGGCCUCCAUCUUCGCCCUCGGCGCCGUUGGCAUCAUCAUCUCAGUUGCCAUCUACGACAAAGUCCUGGUGCCCUUUCUGAGGAGAGCCACCGGCAGCGAGAGGGGCAUCAGCAUCCUCAAAAGGAUUGGGAUCGGCAUGGUGUUCUCCAACAUGGGCAUGGUCACCGCUGCCCUGGUGGAAAGGAGGAGACUCAGGGUGGCCGAGGUGGAGCAAACCAGUGUGGUCUCCAUGAGUGUGUUCUGGCUGGUGCCUCAGUUCAUGAUGCUGGGAAUAGGCGAUGGGUUCGCGCUGGUUGGCUUGCAGGAGUACUUCUACGAUCAAGUCCCCGACGGCAUGAGGAGCUUGGGCAUCGCCUUCUACUUGAGUGCACUGGGGGUGGCCAGCUUCCUUAGCAGCCUCUUGAUCACCGCAGUCGAUCACGUGACCUCGAAGGAAGCCAGGGGAAGUUGGUUUGCCAAGGACUUGAACAAGAGCCGCUUGGAUCUCUACUACUGGUUGGUAGCCGCCAUAAGCGGAGUGAAUCUGUUCGGCUACGUGUUUCUAGCAAGCAGAUACUCUUACAAGAGAGUGCAAACAGAGGCGGUGGGAGUGGCAAGCUCCCCCGAAGCUGACGCCUAGACCGCCUCUCCUUGCCAUAUGCUGGUAGUUAUGUACGUUGCUUAUGUCUCAAGUUGCAGUGCAAGCAAUUAAUAUCAGCUUGGAUAAUAUGAAGUUGGUCCGGCCUGUUCCGGGCCCAGAAA